CAAGAAAAUCGCGUGUCCCAUCGUAAACUUCCGCCCACGGCUGUACAAAGAGCCCGUCCAUGAUAGACCGAUUGCCCGUAAUGGUUCGCCUCGUCCUCGUAAUUCUGCUUGUCGUUCCUGUCGUGCGCUAGUCGCAAAUUGAAAUUCACGGUGGCCGCCGGGCCAAAUGUGCCCGCCCUCCACUCAUCCGCUUUUCAGCGCUCGCAGGCUCGGAGCAAUACGUUAAGCAAGGUGCGAUUCCGGAAAGAUGAUACGCGACUACCUGAUACUGCUCUCAUGGCUCUGCGUGGCGCAAGGGAAGAUAGGAUAUUUCUGGCACAUCACCGACAUUCAUUACGAUCCAAAGUAUGCUACGCAAGGAAACGCCGCCACCAUGUGCUGGAACACGAGGAACAGCGUCGACAGCGGGCGCGCGAGGCUCGACAGAAAACUGGCGGGCAAGUUUGGCGACUACAGCUGCGACUCGCCCUGGGCCCUCAUCGAAUCGGCGGCGCGGGCGAUGAGAUCGAAGCAGAACGAUAUCGAGUUCGUCCUGUGGACAGGUGAUGCGCUGACGCGCAAUGCCGGCAUAAACGCGGAGGUGCGUCUGCAGUGUUUGCGGAAUUUGACCGAGCUGCUGCACCGCUCGUUCAAAGGACAAUUCGUGUUCCCCGCGCUCGGCCACGAAGACAUAGGCCUGAAUUACACGCAGCUCGCUUCGGUCUGGCAGAACUGGCUGCCGCCGGAAGCGCUGGGUACUUUCGAAAAGGCCGGCUACUAUACGAUCGAGCAGCGCUCGAAAAAAUAUCGGAUCGUCUUCCUUAAUACGAAUUUGUGGCUGAACCCGGUCGACAACCGUAUGCCGCAUCGCGCCGGAAGUAGCACGGUCGAUAACACGCAGGAUCCCUCCGGCCAAUGGUCCUGGUUCCAGUCGGUCCUCGAGACCGCGCGGAAGAAGAAGGAGACGGUGUACAUAGUCGGCCACACACCGCCGGGGGUGGACGACCACGAGAGCAGCGCCGUGACGCUCAACGAGAGGCACAACAACAAGUAUCUGCAGGUAGUGCGGCUCAACUCGGACAUCAUCCGGGGACAGUUCUUCGGCCACUGGCAUUCGGAUACAUUCCGCGUGAUAUACAGCGACACAGGUCUGCCCGUAUCCUGGAUAAUGAUGGCUCCCAGUUUAACGCCGAGCACCGGUGGCGGGCCCAACAACCCGGGCUUGCGACUCUACAAGUUCGAAACUAACACCGGACAGAUUCUGGAUUACACGCAGUACUAUCUUAAUCUGCCUGAAGCGAAUUCAAUCGGCAAAGCGAACUGGGAGAGCGAGUACUCGCUGCUCGAGUAUUAUGAGCUGCAGGAGAUAUCGGCGAUCACUCUUCACGAUCUGGCGGACCGGUUUACGCAGUCGAACGAUUAUGCCUUCGUCAGGUAUUACGCGGCCAACACGGUCUUGCUGCCGCGCGAGGUGGAGCAAAUCUGGGGCUGCGGCGGUCCUCUCAACGGAGUAUGUGCGCUGCAUCAUUACUGCACGGUGACGAGGCUAAAUCCCGAGUCCUACAGGGAGUGCUAUACAUCCUACGCUUAUGCCCUGGCGUCUACGGGACACUCCACUGUGCGCCCCUACUUCGCGUUGCAUCUGCUAGUCCUGCUGAUUUGCGCCGAGGUUCUGAACGACCGGUAGGAUGAGCGAGAAGAGAGGACUCCCGAUAGCGCGGGUUACGCCCCGCGCCGGCCCUUCGCGCCGACGGUCCGCGUCUCUUCUCUGGCAGAAUCCGAUCGAGGACCCACCAUCGCCAACGAUCGGCCGCGGAUCGGAUCGGUCUAGGAGCGGUCCACGAGUUAAGGCGAACGCGUCUAGCGAUAUGGCGUUACGCCGCCCGGUGUGUCAUCUACUUUGUCUAUGUCUCUGUCGUGUCUCCGUCUUCUCCUUGUCGCGCCACCGAAAUUGUUCAGGCGCGCGCGCUCUCGUUCCGUCGUGUUUGGUGUUGUGUACGCCCCGCGUUUUCAAGUGAGGCCGUAAAAAUCCGAAUUCCGGAUCGGAUAUUCAACGGAUAUCCAGAAUGCUCGGACGCCGCCGCAAUUCAGCUUUCAAAUAGUGAUGUCCGAAUAAUUCGGAUAAUACGAUUAUUCGAAUAAUUCCAGUAAUUUGGACAAUUCGGAUAAAUCGGAUAAUUUGAGUAAUUUGGAUAAUUCGCGUACCGAAGUAAUUCAAAGAAUAUUUGAAUACGAUAAAUAACAAUAAUGGCUUUCUCCCUCUUUCUCCCCCUCUUCCUUCUGCUCCUCACUCCACUCUCUCUCUUUCUCCCAAUCUUUUUCAAGCAAAUAUAAAUUCCAAAGUUGUCCAAGAAUCUAUUACUAAAUCAAUUCGGGAGUUUUCGGGCAAGAAAUUCGACUGAAUUCUUCGCACAUGAUUAUUUAAAUAAAUAAUAUAACCCCCUCCCCCCAUAAUUGGACGUUUUUCAAAUAUCCAGAUACUUUAAAUCAGAAAUCUCGUAUUUAUCCGAAAUAUCCGAAAAAAUAAGGGGAAGAUUGGAUGUAUUUGGCUAACAAUAAGUCGGCAAACUUGCUAAUAAUUCUUUCUCAAGAUCAAUCAUUGACCAGGUAUAAAUACAAAUUAUCUCGCGAAAUAUUAGUUUUUACUUUCUCGGCAAACUGACGUUUAUUUAUUAAGAGUUUCUCAUUUUUAAAUUUUUACACUAUGACACAGAUUUACCAAAUUAUUGGCAUGGAGUACACUUUUCUCCAAGAUUUCAUCGGUGAUUUCAUACUAGGGUAUAUAAUAAAAUUUGGCAGAGAAAGUAUAGUGUCAGCUGACAUACAGUUGAUUGUUUUCGUAAUCUUCGUUAUUUACGUACGUACAUUCUUUCAUAAUGUUUUACACAAUCUACAUAUCUAUACGUCUUCACAAGAAAACACCAGGAAUUAUGAGCAAUAUGUCAGUGUAACCAAUCGGAGAUGCAGUCUUCCUAACAAUACCGAACAAUUAUCCAAGCAUUUACAGUCUUAAGUUGCGAGUUAUUCACGUGAAAGUAACUUGUCGCGUUUCUUCGGCGCGGCUGCGGCUGCCGUUGCAAAAAGGAAAGGAAGAAGGAAAAAAUAAAAGAAAAUAGGGAUCGCGUCGAUACCAUAUCCUUUCGUCUUCGUCCGCACGUUUCGCGAGCUCUCGAGCGUAAACCACCGAUCGACGUAGCGUCCCGCCCAGCGCGGCGAUCCGAACGUUUCGCGGUCGCGAACAAUGCACGGGGGCUGCAACGAAUGCCUUCGUACCAUCGCGUAAGGCGCGAGCCGCCGCGCGGGGUUGAAAAAAAGAACCGGCAUCGAGAGGGUCGCGAGAGAAGUCCCCGUGGCCGCAUUCUCGGAUAAGUACCGGCGUCCCCGCGGCGCGCUUAUAUUCAAAUGUAAUUAAAGUUUUACACGGGGGACUUUUACGCCGCCUCGUAAUCCAAUGUCAAAACUCCGGAACACCGCCCUGGAAAACGCUCCGAGCAAAGUCGACGACUCGAGAAGGAGGCUGCGUCGAAGCUCUCAUAGCUUAAAGAUUAUAUUCGUACUACCAUUUCGCGAUUGUCGGGACGAUGCAGUAUUUCUUAAUAAAGGACUCAUGGAUUUGUAA